CGCUCGGUCAUUUAUCAGGUGACAGGUCCGUGGAUUCACAGCACUUUAGUAAUUAAGGGUCGACACGGAUCAAAAGACCAGUUGUUUUUGGGCACGGUCAGCAAGGGGAUCUCAUCUCAGGCGGAUUUAUCUCAGAGCCUGCGAAAAGAUUUUGAGAGCUUCUCCCAUCAAGACAAAAUGUGGACAGUUUUCUUUGCAAUCCUCUGUAUGGUGCUUGUAAUGGUGAAGUUUGUCAACUGGCUGGCCGGCCUGGCCAGUGUUCAUUCUUCUCCUUCUGAUCACUAUGUUUUGAUCACGGGCUGUGACUCUGGGUUUGGCCGCUGCCUUGCCCGUCGCCUUGACAACGUGGGGUACCGUGUCUUUGGGGCAUGCCUGACGCCAGGAGCCGUUGAGGAGUUGAAGCUAACGUCACGCCACCUGCUGCCCUUUGUAAUGGAUGUAACUAAAGACGAUGACAUCGAAAAGGCGUUCACCUUGAUCACUUCUGCCUUACCAGAAAACCGCGGCUUGUGGGCAGUUGUGAACAACGCAGGAAUUACGGGCCCCAUAGGGGCUGCCGAAUGGCUGUCUCGCACCGACUUUCUAGCACCGCUGCAGGUCAACGUCCUGGGAAUGACCCAGGUCACCAAGAAAUUCUUGCCUCUGAUUCGUAGAGAGCGAGGCCGUGUGGUGAACACAACAAGCGUCCUUGGACGAGUGGCUGUAGGUCCGGCGCCGUACGUUGUGUCCAAAUAUGCGGCUGUGGGUUUUACAGAAAUCCUAAGACGCGAGCUGGCGCCGCAGGGUGUAACGGUCCAUUCCAUUGAACCGGGUGCGUAUGCAACCAACAUCACCAACUCCGACCUGAUGCAGCAGUCUAUGCAGCAAACUUUGGCUGCUGCUCCACCCGACGUGCGCCGCUAUUACGGCAACCGUUAUGCAGAUAAGUUGAUGGAGACAGUAGAACUGAUGAAUCGUUUCUUGACCGGCACGAACUUAGAGGAAGUGGUGGACGCUUACCUGCAUGCUUUAACUUCGAGACGACCCUUGAGUCGCUAUGUGGUCGGAUGGAACGGAAACAUCGUCUUCCGGACUUUAUGGAUGAUGCCAUCGUGGGUGACAGAUUUGCUAGUCCGUGCAGUGUUCCCUGCCCCCAGUGGACAGUGACCAGGUCUCUCUUUUUUUUUUUUUUUUUUUUUUUGCUUCCCUGCUCAGUUUAAGGCCAAAUGGGAGACAAUGUUACCCUGCACCAAAAUUCUGCGAUGUUGAACAAGUUGUAUGCGUUUGUUCUAAAACAAGAAACCCAACGAAGAACAUGUCAUUAAAAUAUUUUUUGAACACAGAUCUCAUUGCUUAAUCGAGCUUUAUGAUUUUUCUAUUUAUGUACGUUUGCAACUUCUGUUUACUGAAAUUCUGUUAAUUUGUAUUUGAAUGUUGUGAAUGCUGGAUAAUAAGUGUGUGAUAAUCAGUAUUAAAAAAAUUAAAACCUG